AUGGAACCUUCAUCAGAUAAUAUGCCGUUUUACUCCUCCUUUGGUAACUUUGAACAGGGGUACAAUCGUGAGGAGGCAAAAGCAGGAAUGAAUAAUGCAUUUCGUUUAUAUCAAAGGCAACGGCGGGGACAAGAUCGUUACUUAAAGGAAUUGAUGCUUGGUACUGGUCUUGGUGUUGCUGCAGAGAAAAGUGUUCAAGAUGGUAUUUAUGAACCACAAGCAGCGCUACAUACUUCUUCUAAUGGACCAAUAGCAGCAGAAGCAGUUGUACUUGACUCAACAACAAAAACAAUAGCUUCAGAUAGCAAAAAAAAUGAGGAGGGUACAUCAGGAAAAAAAUCCUCAGUAGCUGAGAUGGAACGUUUGGGUACAUUUCCUAUAAACCUUAUGAAAGAGUUUACUAAAGCAGAGGUAAAAGUGCAAAGUUUAAAGGAAGUUGAACAACAGCUAAAGGAAAAUAUUGCUGUCGCAGAAAAAAGUAUUGCAGAUUUGUGUAACCCUUUUACAUUUGAUGUUAUUUUAGACUCUCUUUCUACUGCUCUUUCCAUUGUGGAGGAUGGUGAUGCGAAAAUUCAAGUAAAACUUUCUAUUCAAGAAGAAGAAGAAGAGAAACUUGAGGGUGCAGAAGCUGUUAUGGAGUUUGCUCAAAAAUAUAUUACACCUAUUGUACUUUCCCUAGUGACCACACUCCACGCGACUGAGUGGAUGUUACAGUAUACUAUGACUUUCAUUAAUUCUCUAUCUGCAAAGGAUGAGGAAGAAGCAUAUUUACAGUUGGAACUUCUUGCACAAUGUGUACGUUGGUUGGGUAAAAUUGAUCAAUUCGUUGCCUUUUCUACAGCACUUGAACUAAAAUGGGAAGUGUAUGAAGCCUUUUCUCAGUUACGGGAUUCAGCAGAGGAGCACAUUGGAAGCGUUCUUGAUAGUAUUGAAGAUGACUUAAAUACUGUUUUGCUUGAAUCAUUUCCAAAACGACGUCAAGUUUUACUUCUUCAUGAGGGAGGCAUUCGUGAACGUCUACAAAAGGUGUUAACCUUUCUGCAUGAUAUUGAAAGCAACUGGUUGCCUGAUGUACAACUGCAGAGGGAAUGGAAGGAUGAAUUCCUCACCCGCAUGCUGCAUCGUAUCCACACCGUCAUCGCCCCCGGCUUUCUCUCCGCCUCUUUAGGUUUUAUUGACGAGUCUCUCUACAAACUCGUCCCGGACGAUACGGCGGUGGGACGUUCAACGCAAAGUGCGAGUCGCCGCCACGGGCAGUCACCGCCGAUGGUGUCAACCGCCACGCAGGUGGAGACGCGGCGUGUGACGGAGGAAUUGAAUUUUCAGCAAAUUGCAGUCUCGGUGAAAGGCUCAGCAAGUCGAGUCGUUGGGAUACAGUUAUGUAUGGCAGCACGCUUUGUGUUACGACAGUGCGAUGCUGAGUAUGAUAAAAAGUGGGGAUUUUCAAUGAGUAAUAGUCCUGAUGCAUAUGAUCCUGUGACGAAUGCCGCUGGGGAAAUUACACGCUUCACAAAUUCAAUGCAGCAACGGGCGAGGGAACGUGCGUCGCAGCAAAUGGAUGCUCUACGCUAUUUUUUUCUUUAG